AUGAUAAAAGAAGAGCUGGAAUCCACAGUCAACAAGCACCUGUUCCACUUCAGCUACUAUAACUUCCUGUGGAAGGACGAUCUCCAUGGUAACUUUAAGGAGUUCAUCAUGGGGGAACCUGGCAUGUUUAACAUCAAGAAGGAGGUGGAGCGAUUCCUGUACAUCGAGAAGAAAGUCCUGAGUAUCCCCAAAGUUCUCCCCGUGGGCUGUAUUUGUCUGGGCACCGACCCCAUCAAAUAUGCUCUCCAUGGGUUCGCCAUGGCCUGGAAGAUCCAGUUUGCUUCAGUUUUACAUGAGGAAGCUAAGAAAAAGCUGGAUUCGGCAGUGUUGUACAGACUGAAUGUCCGUAACAGACUGGAACUUCAUGUCCAGUCUCUGGACCAGCUGAACAGUGCUCUACAGUUACUGGAGGAGCUCCGGGACAUGGAAAACAAAGUAGACAGCAUCUAUCUCCCCAUAGAAACCAUGUAUGAGAAGCUCAGGGAGUUUGAACUUCGGUUGCCAAGAAAUGAAGUAGAAGAGGUGGACCAACUCCGCGACAAGUGGGUGGAGCUAAUGGAACUUGCCGAACAAGUACGAGAAAAUCUCCUGAAGGAACGCAGGGGAGCUUUUGAACAGGAACUGGACAAAAAUGUGAAAGCUUUCGUGGUAGAGGUUAUGGAAUUCAGGAAUGCCUUUGACUCUCAGGGACCUAACGCUCCCAACACUCCCCCAGCUAAAGCAGUGGCUAGCCUGCAAGAGUUCCAACAGAAAUACAAACUGUACGACUCAAAACGAAACACACUUGUGUCUGUGUCGAAGCUGUUUGGUAUUGUGUGCAAACCUUUCCCUGAACUGGAUAAAACCGGUGAAGAACUGGAUCUGCUGAGUCAGUUGUAUGGACUGUUCCAAAAGUUCAUCCGAUUUGAUACCAGAUUUAGAGACACCCUGUGGGCAGAUGUAGAUUUGGAUGCUGCUUUCAUUGAGGUGGAGGGAUAUUGGGAUGAAUGCCUGGCUCUGCCCAGUAAGCUGAAGGACUGGGAUGCUUAUCAUGAUCUCAAAACCUCACUACAGAAUUACCUAGAAGUGUUCCCGCUGCUCCGAAAACUCAACUCCAAGGAAAUCCGUAACCGCCAUUGGCUGGAUGUGAUGAACGUGACAGGAGUCAAGUUCCAGUUGGAGGCCAACGUGUUUAAACUGUCCCAUUUACUGGACAUAGGACUUAUCAAACACAAGGCUGACAUAGAAGAAAUCUGCCUGAGUGCUAGUCGAGAGCUGGAGCUGGAAAUCAAACAGCGCGUCACAGAAGACGAGUGGAAUGAGCAGAUGUUGACCUUUGAGCACUACAAGAACCGAGGCCCCAUGUUCCUAGAUAAGGUCUCCACUGAGCGAUUACUGGAACAGCUGGAAGAUGCCCAGGCUCUUCUGGCCAGCAUGCUGACCUCUAAGUACAUCGCCCCCCUCAGGGACGACACGGCACUGUGGGCCAAGAAGCUGAAGGACGUUACCGAGGUGUUGGAGCUGUGGCUACAGGUUCAGGACCUGUGGCAGUACCUGGAGGCUGUGUUCAGUAACUCUGUGACCGCCAAGGAACUACAGCUGGAGGCCAAGAGGUUCGCUAGGACGGACAAAAGCUGGACUAAGAUGAUGAAGACUACCUACUUUGAGAUGAGAGGUGUUCUACAGUGCUGUACCGGUGAUGAGGUGCCCAAGGUGAACCUCCUCCGUAACAUGCAGCAGGAGCUGGAGAUCUGCUUCAAGUCUCUGAUGGAGUACCUCGACAACAAGAGGCGGGCCUUCCCCAGGUUCUACUUCGUGUCAGACCCGGUUCUACUGGCCAUGCUUAGCCGACCUAAUGACCUGGAGUCUGUUAGACCCCACCUCAAGUCCAUUUUCAGUGCAAUCUAUGAUGUGAAGUUAGAGGAAGCUGACACUGGUGUCGAUGAACCGACGGAUGAAAUCGGAUUUGCUCAAUCCAGAACUGGGACUCAAUCCAGGGGGAACCGCUCGACCAGCGUCCUAUCCCCAGGGCUGAGGAGCAACACUCCCCCCAAAAUUGACAAACGAUUGACUGAGAUCUAUGUAAGUAUUUCCUUCAUUAAAUAG